GUCUAACAUUCAACGGCCCCGCCUCCGCCAAACCCACCGCUGACAUCAGCGCCAAGCAGACCAAUGGCUCCACCCCGAGCCCGACUCAAAGCUCGAGCUCCUGCAGCAGCAGCAGCAGUGUCGGCAACAAGGAGUACAGCCGGCAGCUCACCGCUCUCAACUGCUCCGUGCGGGACUGGAUCACCAAGCACGUGAACGACAACCCGCUGUGCGAUCUCAACCCCAUCUUCAGGGAUUACGAGCGCCACCUGGCCAGCAUCGAGCGCCAGUAUGGAGCCGGAUCUGCCGACGGGGGCUCUGAGGAGAAGAAGCAGGGAGGGUUGCUGCCAACCACGGCCACCCCUCCUCCUCCUCCCUCGUCCUCCUCCUCAGCAGCUCCAGCCGCCGCCGCCGCUUUGUUCUCCUUUGGCAAAAGCACGACAGAAGACUCGACCCGGGACAAAACCGCCACCGCCGCUCCAGUCAACGCCGGCGUCACGUUUAACUUCGGUCAGAAGGUGGACAGCUCGGUCCUCGGCUCCUUAGGGUCCAAAUCGACUCCCCCCAGCUUCUCCUUCUCCUCCAGCGCCUCCUCCAGCCAGACCUCCCUGUUUGGAGCUCCCGGAGCUGCUGCGCCGCUGUCCUUCAGCGGGACCAAGUCCGAGGACGCCCGGCCCGCAG